AGGGCAAGGGUCAAGGCUCGGUCCCUUGCGGAGAGAGCCAUUGGGAAUCCUUUUGGAAAGUUGCACAGAGAGGUGGGCGACGGGAAACCCGCUGUGCUUGGCUUUGAGGCUGGUUCCGGGUGCUCAGAGCCUUGCUGUGUGCACGGCCCUUCUGUCCCCAAGAAGCCUAGCUGGGCGAUUCCGAGGGCCUGUUUUCGGGCGGGAGUGGUUCUGAGCGAUAUCCUAAGUUUAAGGAGGGGUUUCAGGUGGGCAGCUGAGGCGGCUCCGCACCUGGAGCAGAGCCCUCUGGCCGGGGUUUCAGCGUCUCCCCGCAGGGCCCAGCCUGCCAGACGAGCUGGGCUCAGAUCCUGGCCUCGCCAGCUGCCAGCUGGGCCCGUUUCCCCAUCUGGGAGAUGGGGUGUCUGCUGGGAUGGUCCAAGGCUCUUGCUGGCCCAAGGCCCUGAGCGUGGAGGAGGGGAGACCAGCAGUGGGGUUUACGGGGCACAGGUCCCCCAGGGUUGUGAGCUCCCAGGCUGCUGCAGGACGGGGAGCGUUUCCCCUGACCCCUCCCUUGCGGUGGGGUGGGAGCUGUCACGGCGGAGGCCCCCGGCUUCUGCCCUCAGCCCCCAGCGUGCAGAAUGCGGGUCACCGUCUCUCUGCUCUUCUGGGGAGGGGCUUGGGCUCAGGGCUGCUGUAAGGCUGAGGGUGGGCGCCUGCAUCCGGGAACAAGUUUCUUCCCUUUUGUCGGGAUCGCCGUCCUCCCGGCCUCUGGGUGGUGGGUGCAGCGAUGGGGAGCAGGUGCUCUGAGAACAAGUUUGGGGGCCCGGGUUGGGAGCAGACACUCUGACUCCCUCCAAGGCGUGUCCUCCGUGGGCCCUUCUGUCAGCUUGAGGACAGAUGCCGGCGGUUAGGGCCCUCCCGGCGCCUGGGCUCUUACACAGGGGUGUCCCGGCCCCCUGCCUGCAGUGCCCUCUGCUGCCGGAGAGUGGGCUGGGGGCCCGGGGAGGUGGGCAGCAGGAAGCAGGGGAAGGCCGGGUGCUUCCAAGGAAGCUCCGCCGUGGUUUGGGGAGAGGGUGCCUAGUCCCUGGGGACAGCCCGUGUGGCCCCUGUCUGGCGGCGUUGGGAGACAGGCGGCUUCUCAUGUGACCACACUUCCUUCCUUCCCAGCCAGCCCGCCAGGCUCCGUCCCUCCCUGGGAGCUUGGCAGGAGUUUGCCCAAGUCACACGUCUGUGAUUCCCUCUGAGUGAGGCCUGGCGUCAGAGGCCUGUGCCACUUGUCACUUUGCCACCGUCUGAGCUUUCCCUUAAGCAGCCUGACCCUAUCUUCCCUUUUUAGCCGCUAUGAGAGCGUUUCUUUCUACCCCCGAAGACAGUGAGCGUGCGCCUCACCCCACCCCUGCCCGCCCUGCCCGCCCGCGGCCCCUGUGCACUGAGCACCGCCUUGGCUGGUGGGGCUUCGGCCAGGCCUCGGGCCUCUGUGAAGCUGUCCUCCUCUGGGGCGUGGGCUGUCCCUGGAUGAGGCCACCUCGGGUCUGGGGGCCCGGGGCUGCAGUGGGAGGGCCUGUGCAGAGGGCGCCGGGCAGCGCGGGUCGGAGGCGGGAAGGUGCGUCGAGGCGCGGGGCCUGGCUGCACCCGGCUGGGCGUCGCUGGGCGUCGCUGGGCGUCGCUGGGUGUUCGGUCUUGGGGGUGACCAAAGAGGCAGGAGGGAAUCCAGGAACGGCUGGGGUCUUGGAAGCCAAGACAGAGGCUCAGGGAACAGCUGUGGAGGUCAGGUGCUGCCCAGAGGUCAGGACAGUGAUGAGGCCGGGGCUCCGGCCUCGCCCCCCGGAGCGGGCUCUCCCCGGCCCGAGCACUGGUGAGCCGGCCCCGGCUCCCGGGCUGCUGCGGGCAGGGCAUGCCGACCGUGGGGGCCUGGGAGUGCUCGGGGCCUCUCCGUCCAGCUGUGCCUGGACCGAGCCUGGGGUCCGGGAAACCCGGGAGCCCCAGGCAGGCCUUGCCACCUUGCAGGCCUCCCGCAGCGUUUGUUCUGCUUGGGGAGGCUCAGGGCUCCCCGGCCGCAGGCUUGCUCAGAAGCGCCCCUGGAGUGGCCGGCGGCUCCCCGCCCCCGUGGGACCCCGGGACAGCUGGGGGUAUGACGUGGUCUCUGGAGGGGGCUGGCCAGGUGCUGUGGGGCAUCAUGCCCCACCCCUGCCUGUCUGCAGGCUCGUGGCCACCUGCACGAAGCCCUCUGCACCCCUCUCCCGGCUUGUCUGGGGUUGUUCCUGGGGUGCAUCCUGACCGGAGGCCGCCUUGUGCUGGGAGCAGUGGUGGCACUAACUGGGGGGCGCUCAGAGGGUGGGGAGGCCCUGGGCUGGGGUCUGGACUGUUCCCAGCCAGGCCACUUGCCGCCUGAACGAGGCUCCAGGCUCCAGCUUCGUGUAAGGGGGACGUGAUGGGACGGGGAGGACGCCGUGAGGAAACGGGGGGUGGUGAGGAUGGGAUGGGACAUGUGGUUGCAGGGUCUCGGCUGCACUCGUCCUGGGGCCCCACCCAGCCCAGCUCCCUGAGCAGAUGUGUGUCAGUGGAAUCGAGUGACCACUCUCCCUGUAAGGUCAGAGUCAGUUAAGGAAGUGUUUUCAGAAUCAGUUCCCAGAUUUCUCCAGUUUCCAUAUCCUCCCCACCCGCAUUGCUCAGGAAUGGGGGAGGGGCCUUUUAACCACAGCUGGAGCUGCUUGCUCAGUUUGGAUUCUGAGCCAGUGGAUGAAGAGGUGAAACUCACUCUGAAACGGUGAGGGCUUUUGAGGGGCUUGGAGAGAAAGAGAGGCCAGGCCACUUAGGAGAAGCUGGCAGGACAGGCAGGGGGUCCCCUCCCUCCUACGUGGCCCCAGAGGGACAGGCUUGCUCUGCAGCCUGCUGUUGCUGCGUCAGGACUGGCCUAGAGACCAGACUGUGUUCUCAGUUCAGAAGAUUUUGGAUUUUUAAAAACAGUAAAUCAUGCCAGCACUGCUUUUGAGGUUUGGGCAGUACCCAUGGUCAAAUAUUAACAUUUCUGCAGCAAGACACAAAUAUUCCCAUUAAGGGGACACAUUGAGGCUAUAAAUGGCCACACAGCAGUUCAGGUCACAUGUGGCUGCCAGCUGGGUUUGUUACAAACUUAUAAAAAAGUUCCGCGUUCAGAGCUUUUGGCAUUUGGAAUUGUGGGUAAGAGGUGUGGACUGCGGGUAGCAGGUCCCUUGGGCCCGGAAGCCACGUUGGCGGGUCGGGCCGUGGUUCUCCAUGGAAGGUGUGAGUGUGGAGCAGACCUGCUGGCAGGGCCCGGAUUCUGCCCACCUCCCUGGCUGCUGAAGGGAAACGGCCUGGCUCUGCCGCCUUCUUGGGGUGGGCUAGAGGUGAACGGGGGAGAGGGCGUGGGGUCUGGUCCCAUCAAGCCCGGACUCCUGACUGAGGGUGUUGGAAAGGGGAGGCCCAAGCUGCCUGCUCUGCUCUGGCUCGAGCGAGUGAUGGAUCUGGACAGAAGGCGCUGCAGAGACAUACGAAUUUUUAUAGAAACCAGCAUUUGCCUCUUGUAAGAGAAAACGUGGCAGGUUGUACGGCAGCCGGAUGUUCUUGCCUUUAUCAGUAGGUGCUGGUGCCUCCCAAGCGGCUCUUCUCUCCUCUUCACGUUUUCUGUGCAGCGACCGCUGGCAGCUGGCCGUCCCCUCCACGACCGGCGCCCCAGCUCUGGAGGCACCUAGGCUUGCGGACGUGGGCCGGGGGCGCCUUGGGGACAGGGGUCCGCUGGGCCGGCAGGCCUUGGGUCUGCGAGGGCCCUAACCCGCGUGCCCCCUCUCUCU